CAUGUGUUUGUCUUUUUCUCUUUUUUCUCAAUUUGUUUUCUAUUCUUUUCUAGGGUUUGUUUUUAUUUCUUCUCUUUUCAUUUGUAUUAAUUGUGUUUCUUUAAUUGUUUAAUUAGUCUAAAUUCUAAUCCAUAAUUACCAUGAGUGGAACUGAUUUAACUUCUUGUGAUGAUUUACUCGCCUUUCAUGAUCAAAUUAUGAAGAUGAGAAAAAUUGAUGACAAUAUUGUCUAUGUCCUGAAUAGUUCAAUUUCAGUUGAUGCUCACAAGAAUGAUGUUUCCCUAUUGACAAGAGACUGUAAAGAUUUAUGGUUUCAAUUAAAUGAAUCUUACAAUAACAGGGAAAAGGCCAUUAAGAGAUGUAUUUCAUCAGCAUCAGAGAAAUUGCAAAAAUUGAAAGAUGCAAAGGAUAACAUUGAGAUAUUCAAACAGAUGAAGAAGGAGCAGUUGAGAUUACGAUCCUUCCAAACUGCACUCAAUGUCGAAGAAGUGGUCAAAGAUCGAAGUAGAAAAAUAUUCUAUGAAAGAUGUCGAAAUUAUUAUAAACCACCGAUUGAUACUUGAUCGAAGUUCUCAUGGCCAAACGCUGAUCGAGUGAACCAAAUUAACUGAUUAUAUUAGAAUUGUUUACAAUUCUUUUCAAGUGUAUCUUAACGGGAAUCCAAAUUUCAGCCUUGUCAUUUAAACCUUAAGUCUCAAAUUUGUAUUUUAUAAUUAGAGUGAUCAAAAUUUAGCCAAUCUGUUAGUUGUUAAAUGUACUUUCACUACUUGUUAACUAAUUGUUACAAUUAAGUUAUACAGUUUCUUGUUGGGUUUUCUUAGCAAGUUUAGUUAAUUAUUUUAAAAUUUCUCAAAUUUCAAAUUCA